AUGAAAAAAUCUCCUCAUCUUAAAUUGUAGAUUAUUAAAAUGCGCCCUAUAGUAUGCAAUACUGAAUUGGCUUUCGUUAUUCCAACUGACAAAGAAAGAAAAGUUUCCAUGAAACGUAAAAUGAAAACUAGUGACGAACAAAUUAAACAUGCACGCUUAAGAUAUUAAGAACUAUUCUACUAAUAGGAAGCCAACUUAGAAUAUUUAUAUGAUUAACUAACAGAGAGAAUGGAAAAAUAUAAUCUUCAAAAAUAAAAACAAUUAGCAAGCAAAGCCAAAUAUGCAUGUGACUACAAUUUUAGAUGGAAAUAAAGACUUUAAGAACAAAAAUGGUUAGAUAUUAAUAUGAAGAUGCAUUUUCAAGAUUUCUAGAAGAGACAUACAAGAAGCAAAAGCUUGGCUUUGCCUAAGAUAGAAAUUAUCAAAAAGACAGAACCAUGUCCUACCAUUAAGAAAAGAGAAGAAUAAUCUUUUGACAAACAGAGAAAAAUUAUUUAUUGUUCCUAUCAAAGGGAUUUGAAAUAAAUGAAAAGAUCCUUUGAAAUAGCAUAAAAACUAGAUUAGGAUGAUCAUCGAAUUAUGAAAUAGAAAACCUUAGACAUAAAACCAAAACAAAAAGUACCCCAGAAACACGAUGACAAUACAUUUCUAACAUAUGUUUGA